GGACGAGGAAGCCUCCUUGUCAGGGGAAAAGGAAAAGGAGGUGACAGGGGCUGAGCCCCCCACCCCGCCCCGAGGGAGCCCAUGGCCAGGAUUAGUUUUUCAUAUCUCUGCCCGGCUUCCUGGUAUUUUACUGUACCUACAGUGAGUCCAUUUGCACGUCAGCGGGUAGCCUUUCUGGGACUUUUCCUCAUAUCUUGUCUCCUUCUACUUAUGGUUGUAGUGGACUUUCGACACUGGGGCUCUCCCUCACCUCAAGAUAGACAAUAUGAAAGGUAUUUAGCUCGAGUAGGAGAACUGGAGGCCACAGAUACUGAAGACCUAACUCUGAAUUAUGGCCUUGUGGUAGACUGUGGCAGCAGUGGCUCCAGGAUUUUUGUUUAUUUUUGGCCACGUCAUAAUGGGAAUCCACAUGAUUUGCUGGAUAUCAAACAGAUGAGAGAUCGCAAUAGCCAACCAGUGGUUAAAAAAAUCAAACCAGGGAUUUCUGCAAUGGCAGAAACUCCAGAACAUGCCAGCGAUUACCUUCGCCCUCUACUGAGUUUUGCUGCUGCUCAUGUGCCUGUGAAGAAACACAAGGAGACACCUCUCUAUAUCCUGUGCACAGCGGGCAUGAGACUUCUUCCAGAGAGCAAGCAGUUAGCUAUACUGGCUGAUCUGGUGAAAGAUUUGCCCUUGGAGUUUGACUUCCUCUUUUCACAUUCUCAAGCCGAAGUAAUCUCUGGAAAGCAAGAAGGUGUUUAUGCAUGGAUUGGGAUCAACUUUGUUUUGGGAAGAUUUGACCAUGAAGAUGAUACAGAAACCCUGGGUCCGCAAGAAUCAGUGGCUGGACGUAGGAGGACAGUAGGGAUACUAGAUAUGGGAGGAGCCUCUCUCCAAAUUGCUUAUGAGGUUCCUACCUCUCCUACUUUCCUUCCUCCAAAACAGGAAGAAGCUGCCAAAGUCCUGCUAGCCGAAUUUAAUCUGGGCUGUGAUGUACAGCAUACAGAGCAUGUUUACAGGGUCUAUGUCACCACCUUUCUGGGUUAUGGGGGCAACUUUGCCCGACAACGCUAUGAAGAUAUGGUGCUGAAUGAAACCUUUACCAAAAAUAGGUUACUGGGCCAACAGACAGGUUUGACUCCAGAAACUCCCUUCCUGGAUCCUUGCUUGCCUGUGGGCCUCGAGGAUGUGGUAGAGAGGAGCAGCCAGGUCUUGCACAUCAGAGGAAGAGGAGAUUGGCUCACGUGUGGGGAGAUGCUGCAGCCGCUGCUCUCCCGGGCCAACGCCAGCCAGGCCUCUUUGAACGGCAUCUACCAGUCCCCAAUUGACUUCAACAACAGCGAGUUCUAUGGCUUCUCAGAGUUCUUUUACUGUACAGAAGAUGUAUUGCGCAUUGGCGGUCGCUAUCAUGGGCCGACCUUUGCCAAGGCUGCUCAGGACUACUGCAGUAUGGCCUGGCCAGUGCUGACUCAGAGGUUCAGGAAUGGCCUCUUCUCAUCACAUGCUGACCAACACCGACUUAAAUAUCAGUGUUUUAAGUCAGCCUGGAUGUACCAAGUCCUCCAUGAAGGAUUCCACUUCCCAUAUAAUUACCCAAACCUGCAGACUGCCCAGUUGGUGUAUGACCGGGAGGUGCAGUGGACCCUAGGAGCCAUUUUGUAUAAAACACGUUUCCUACCACUCAGGGAUUUACGACAGGAAGGUGUCCGGCAGGCCCACAGCGGCUGGUUGCGCCUCUCCUUUGUGUACAACCACUAUCUUUUCUUUGCCUGCAUCCUGGUGGUGCUGCUGGCUAUCGUUCUGUACCUUCUGCGGCUGCGCCGAAUUCACCAUCGACAAGCUAGCUCCGCCCCCUUAGACCUGCUGUGGAUAGAAGACGUGGUGCCCAUCAUCGGGGUGCAGGUGGGACCAUGAUGCUGCUCCAGGAUCAAAGCAUCUCAAGAACCAGAGAACUGAAGCUCAGGCUGCCCUGGCCCCAUCUUGGGCCUGUCUCAGAGGCUGCUUCGAUGAUCUGUGAGACUACUCUUGUGUUGUGUUCUCACACUUUCUCAUGACCAGCUAUCCAGAGAAGCCAUAACCUAAUCUGUGAAGUGAUAGAGCUGACACAGGGCACUCAGCCUUGCUCUACCUAACAGUGCCAACAGGGUAUGCUUCUACCCCUUUAUCAGGGAGGGUUUGGUAUUGGAGGAAUGAGCUAUACCCAGCUUCCACUCCCCUCAGUAAGGAAGGGAGUGUGGCAUUGGGCAAGAGGAUGCUGGAACUUGAGACAUCUGAUACCAAGCCUAAUAGAUGUUAGGAAGCAUGGCAAUCUUUUCUUUCUCUGUAACAGAGAAGUCUCAUAUGUGGAGAUCCACAGCUUUUAAUAAUGAUCCAAGGAUCUUUUGUGACCGUGGACCAGCAGAACUUCUAGGCAACUGAAAUCACACCAAUGAAUUCUCUUUUUACCUGGCAGUGAAGCUCUCAUGGGAUAGCCUAAGACUCUGGCCUAGGCUUGCUGCUAACGUGACUUAAAUGGGAUAUGUCUGUUCCAAGGGCUCCAUUGAAGACUUUUGUUCCUGUCUGCUUGGCAUGGGUCAGUUUUUUCCAUGUCAAUUUGCAGGCAAGGCUAAAGCAGGGGUGGGGAACCUAUGGCCCUAUGGCCCUCAGGCCGCAGGUCCACCACCCCUGGACUAACUCUAGGCAUUAUUUUACUUCUUGAGCCUUACAUGUGCUUAUAGGACUCUGGAAGCUGUGACAGAGCAGGUCCUUGGGUUUUGUUUGGCUUUUUAAUUAGGAUUUCUGAGCCUCUAGGUCUGGGUUCUAAGUUGCCACUUCAUUUCAUUGCCAAGAUAGAUAUAUAGUGUCAGAAGGGAUGUAUAUGUUUGUGUAGAAAGGAAAAGAAAUAGCAGAAUUCUGGGGAAAGGGCAAUAAAAGUCAAGUCUUUUAAAAA